AUGUCUCAGAAUCCCAGAAUAAUCGACCAGACUCAGAUGGUCGUGAACAAAUAUGCGCCCCAAACUGCAGAAGAACCCCAGCCGGGUUCGAUUCAAGAAUCCGAAGAAGAAAAGAAGAACCGUAGGCGAAAAUUGGUGAAUGCAAUCACGGCAAAGAUGGCUAACGUGAGGGGUGAGCAAUUCCCACAAUACGACGAGGAUGGUCUUGUCCUCCCUCACCCCUUCGGCAGGGCAGCCCAGCACGUGCAAGGACCAACGCACAAGUUCGCUUCCCGCUACUUUGACUCGUCCGCUGUUGAUGAUGCCCAGGCAAAGUACGGGGGCCAAAAGAACCCAAAAGGCUACAACAUACGCCUGCAAAAAGUCCUGGGAGCAGGGGGCUAUGGAAUAGCGGCUUACAUCUCCCAUACAAAUCCCGUCAACAAGUUCAAGACUGACUGCGUGAUCAAAGUGGAAAAGUAUCGACACAAUGACCGUGCGACAUUGGCACGGGAGGAGAAGGCACUCUGGAAAUUCAAAGGGGCAAAGCAUAUUCUGCAAAUAUUGGAUAUCUCCCACGAGAUCAAAACACAAAGGGCUGCUGACUUUGCCGCGUGGCAGCAAGGCCGGCCGGAACGCCCAAAGGGAGCCAGAGUGCCCAACCCAGAGAAUCAAGACAAGAAUUGGAGCCUCAAGAACUUUCAAAACCAGCCCGUUCGCAACUUUGUCAUCGUUGAGCACGCGAACAGGGGUGACUUGAGCAUAUGGCUCGGCAAGUCUAGCCGUCUCGGACAGCGUUGGCCUCAGAGAGCGAUCUGGAUGCUCUUACAGAACCUUAUUUCCGGUCUAGUUGGCAUGGGCUAUCCUCUCAGAGAACAUUACCAAGAAUCGCAUCCAGAUUGGGAUAUUAACAACCCCAUUGAUGAGCAGUUUCCCGACGACCCAAACUUCGAACUACAAGAAACCGUCCAUUUUGAUCUUGACCCCAAAAACGUCUUUUUGGCGAAUAGAAGUAUGGCUUACGGCAACAUGCCCACCUUCAAGAUUGCCGAUUUCGGGAUGGUCGAGUUCUUUAGUGAGCAAGCGACAGACCCUGAACACUUUAACAAGGAGUUCUUCUGGAAGAGUCGUAUCAAAGGGAAGCCCUCUUGCUACGCACCCGAACAAUUCACUGGCGAUUGGGAACUCAUGAAUGACUUCAUCAACGACAACGGCAUCAACCCGUUCGUGGUUAAAGAUGCGACGAAGCCGCCGGUUGCUGGCAACUACGGAAUGCAUACAAAUGUCUAUCAGGUGGGCGUUAUUAUUUGGUGCGCUACUACCCUCUGCUCAUUCCACACACCUGUCAUUCGCAUGACACACAAGGACGCUUGGGGGCGGGAGAUUGACACCUAUGGAGGCGCCCUGCAGAAUGAACGAUUCAACGACGUCGAUCCCGAGCUCAAAGAUCUGGUACAGCGCUGUAUGGCCCAUAACCCCUCUGAUCGUCCUUCUCUUAGAGAACUAAUGGGCACUAUCAGUGCGCGGCUGGGCAGGGACGACCUGGAGUCGGACGAGGCUCUGAGUGAGUGGUCACGGGAGUUCUUCUCCAAUCACCGGACGCCUGGUGAUGAACCACCUCCGUUGGCAAAGCGUGAACGUGAAGACGAUGAAGGUGACGAUGGAGAUCACGCUGAAAGGAAAGCAACCCGGCGUAAGGUAGUAGACGGCAAUGGUAACGUCAUCCGGCAGAAUAUACCGAGGGGUGAGCCGCUGCUUUUUAGCUCUUUCCAGCCACCGAACCACCACCCUUCUAUGCAGGUAAACAAUCGACUCGGGUCAAAAUUCAAUAACAGUCCUAACGUUCAGGGCUUUCCGCCCCGAAUGCCAGCUUCCGGUGUGGUGCAGAGACCUCUGUCUGGUGCGGCUGGUCCUGCCGUCUUCAACUGGGACGAUCCGCCUCCCCCCUUUGACGCAAGAAUAUACCAGGGACCACCGGCGAACUGGCAGCCGCGGAUGCCAGUCGCGCAGUUCAACAAUAGCAACACGUACAACAAGUACAAUAGCACCGCGAUGAAUCCCGCAGCACCGUCCAAUCUGCCAGUGUUUUAUGGGGAGAACCAGGGCGCGGGAAUGAUUCCGGGGAACGGUUAUUACCCGCCAGGUGAGUUUGGGCCGGUUGCAUCUCAGCCACUUCUGAACAUCCAUCCCCCUCCGCCUCAGAACAUGCAGUCUAUGUAUCCGCAGCCUGGUUCCCAACGUGCACAGGAACAAUAUGCUCCAGCUAGCCAGCCCCAGCCUCUGCAGUCCCUCUACCCCCUGGAGCCGCAGCCGCAGCCGCAACACCAACAGCAACAACAGCAAAACCAUUACUAUCCGGAGGUUGAUCCUGCACAGCGUCCUCAAUUUGGGAUUCAGUCUCCCAACCAGGAGUCUCGGCAUCAGCACCUCUCACAGCAGCAACAAGAGGAGGUGCCCCAGAACAUGAAUAACUUCUUCGACUUUGACAAUGCCGGCGCUGAUGGUUUUCAGUUUGAUGCCAUGGACCAGGGUGCUUGA